GGGCGCUGGCGGCGGGGGCGGGCGCGCGAGUCGGAGGCGGGGGCCGAGGGAGGAGGAGCCGCGGCGUUCGCGGCCCCGGGCCCCGCAGCUGGGCUCCCUCCUCACAUGGGGCCCCCUCGCUUGCCGCAGCGGCGGUGCGGACCCUCGCCGGGCUGCUGAGGAGGAGGGAGGGGGCGGCGGCGAGCGGGGUAUGCGACCAUGAGAGCCCGCGCCGCCCGCGGGCCCUGCUGGCGCCGGCGCUCAGCAUCCAACAAGAGCAGAGGAGACAGCAAAGUACCUAAGAUGUGAGAAGUCCUCUCCUAUCAAAAGGAAGCUUUGUUUUCAAAAUGGACCGAAGUAAGCGGAAUUCAAUAGCAGGAUUUCCACCACGCUUGGAGCGCGCUGAAGACUUUGAUGGGGGCAGUGGAGGUGAUGGGACUACAUCCCAGAUAGGAAGAGUUUGGACCUCUUCAUACAGAGCCCUGAUAAGUGCCUUUUCCAGACUUACCCGUCUUGAUGACUUCACCUGUGAGAAAAUUGGCUCUGGUUUCUUCUCUGAGGUGUUCAAGGUAAGACACAGGACUUCAGACCAGGUAAUGGCUUUGAAGAUGAACACACUGAAUAGCAACAGAGCAAACAUGCUGAAAGAGGUUCAGCUUAUGAAUAGGCUCUCACAUCCAAACAUCUUAAGGUUUAUGGGUGUCUGUGUGCAUCAAGGACAGCUGCACGCACUUACUGAGUACAUCAACUAUGGUAACCUGGAACAGCUAUUAGACAGUAAUCAGCAUCUGCCCUGGACAGUGAGGGUGAAACUGGCAUAUGACAUUGCUAUGGGAAUCCGUUAUCUUCACUAUAAAGGCAUUUUCCACCGAGACCUUACAUCCAAGAACUGCUUAAUAAAACAUGAUGAGAACGGAUACUCAGCAAUAGUGGGGGACUUUGGUUUGGCAGAGAAAAUUCCUGAUCACAGCGAGAAGUUACCAGUGGUGGGUUCACCCUUCUGGAUGGCACCGGAAGUUCUCAGAGAUGAACCUUACAAUGAAAAGGCGGAUGUGUUCUCUUAUGGUAUAAUUCUUUGUGAGAUUAUAGCAAGAAUACAAGCAGAUCCAGACUAUCUCCCUCGUACAGAAAAUUUUGGAUUAGAUUAUGAUGCCUUCCAGCACAUGGUGGGAGACUGUCCCCCUGACUUCCUCCAGCUGGCCUUCAACUGCUGUAAUAUGGAUCCAAAGUUGCGUCCUUCAUUUGCUGAUAUUGUCAAAACACUGGAGGAGAUUUUAAACCGUCUGAGAAAUGAGGAAUCUGAGAGAGAGAGAAAAUUUUUCAAUCUUGACAACAGUGAAAGAAAGCCUAAAGGGUCAAUUGAAAAAGGACCAGGAGUAAAACGAUUGAGUUCCCUGGAUGAUAAGAUCCCACCCAAGUCACCCCGCCCACGCCGGAAUAUCUGGUUGUCACGCAGCCAGUCAGAUAUCUUCUCCCGCAAGCCUUCCAGGAAGAUAAAUGUGCAGGACCCCUACUACACGCCAAACAAAGGGUUAGGCCGGAAAGUUAAUCCCUUCAAUGCCAGGGAGGACCUCAAAGGGGGAAAGAUCAAAUUCUUUGACAUGCCAAGCAAGUCUGUGAUCUCCCUUGUGUUUGACUUGCAUUCUCCGGAGGCAGGUGGUGGCCUGAAAGCCAGCCAGUCCCAAUUCAGGCAGGUAUAUAGCACAGACUGGCAGGAAUUUUCCCUGCUCCCGGGGAGGAGAUGCAGAUCACUUCCGGUCUCUCCUGAAUUGCCGCAUAAAGAGUAUGGCCUGUUUGGGGGACUGUCUUCAACUGUCAGCAGAUGUGACCCAAUCCAGCUAGGUGCAGAGGUUCGUCAAAAACUCCUGAGUAGCAGUAAAUACGGUGUGUCAGAGAUUCCCCCCUUUCAAGCCAAGCUGCAUAGGCCAGAAUUUCUUCCUGUACCAGGACAAGAGGAGGAUAUGGACUGUUCAGAUGGGCCAGUGUCCCAGGAGGAAAAUGGGUUUUAUCCUGUUGAGAACGCGUGUGAAGAUCCAGCAUGUAAUCAGCCUUCAGCUCUGGCUCAGCCUGAGCCACUAUCUUGCAAAAGGCUCCCAGCUGAGAAUUCAGUGAACUCGGAGGGACAUGGCUCCUUACAGGUAUUUGCAGGUUGUCCCCCUUCUGAAGAGAUGGAGGUGGAAGAUGACCUACAGAAAAAUAUGCUGCUGGAGUCUGCAAAGCCUCUGUUCAGUGUUAGCCCUUCCAGGGAGCCAAGGAGAGAGGCACGACCAUUUGGUGAGCAGGAUGGGGAUGGCACUGCCCCGUUGGCUUUGACCUCCUCCAAUAUCUCGGCAAGUGGCAGCACACAGUCAACUUGUGACAUUUGAAGAGAAUGCUCCACUUGGACAUGUCCUUGAGGGAACAGUUGUUCCAAGUCACUUUGACUCUUUUUCUAUAGUGCUGAGUCUCAUGUUUGAAAUGGACUCAGCAGAUUGUAGAAAUGGGCUGUCAAACAGAAGGCUGCAGACAGCAUUGGGAGAGACAGAUUCUUUUAACUUUAUUUCAGAUUGUGCUUAACCCCUUCCCUGUUUGUGUUAGGAGGGAGAACUGCUCCAGCCAGAAUGUCCGUGUGAAGCCCCAUAGUUACUUCCAAGCAGUAGUACCCACAGCUGGGGUACUGUGUUAAGCAGUUCGACCUGGAUUUCAGCAUGGAAGGUUUCAGAGCCUUAAGCUCCAUGUUGAUGAGAAAGAGAGACCCUUAGGUUUUUCCUCCUCCUCUGACUUACCAGCUGCUAUAAACCACUGCAGCUUUUGCAUUAACAUUCUGCAAGCAGUGUGCAUGAAUCAGAGCUUCCGUUUUAGAAAUGGGCAUAGAGAUAUUUCAGAGCUAUCUUGAGCAGAUAGGAAUGCUUUUUGGUCCCAGAGUGGCUGCAAACACUGCUGCUGCAUCAAACAAGCCCGUUUCAAAAGUAGCAAAACCAAAACCCCUCCUGCUGGUAGUAAUCUGCAGGCUCAGUCACAUGACAAGUACUUUCUGAUUAACAAGAAGAAUCUGUUCCCUGGCAUUUCAUUUUCCCAUGGGGUUUGGGUACUGAUGUGUAGUAUGUUAGCACAGGGAGACAGGAUGCAGUAAGCACCACUCACUUCCUUGCCCAGCUCUCCAUGUAGCUCAGCCCAGCUGUGGAGGAAGAUUUGCCCAGGGCACAAGAGGGAGCCAUAUUCUAGGCAUUGUCAUUCCUGGGCUUCUUGGGAAACCACCAGUGGAAGUACAGUUGUACUGAGCUCUUUGGGGGAUGUAGGCACUUUUCUCUAAAGAGCUGAAUGGACGCCACAAUCUAUUUCUGAAAAAUACUUAAUUGGCUACAUCUAGGUUGCAGUUGGCCAUUAUCACUAAGCUAGAAGGGUCACAUUCACCUCCCUCUCUAGUAGGACAUCCCAUCUCAUUGAUGCCGCUGCAAUAAUGAUGGGUCCUUAUGUAAAACCAAGCUGCCUGCCUGAUGGAGGACAGGAAUCCUCUGAUCAGGUGAAGUUGCCAGCAGUGUUUCAGCCAUGUUAGUGCUUUGGGAGGAAGGACAGUAGACUCGCAGAAGGGGGGUUAGCUCAUCAAACUGAAGAAAACUAACUUAUCCCCCUGAAUUAUUUUUCCCCUCCUACAGAAAGAUGUUGUCAUCUUUGAUUUCUCCAGUCACCGAUGGCUGUGAACAUGAUUAUUUUUCUUUUUUUUUCUGUCCACCAGCAGGUAUAUGUGAAAGAAGCAGUGGCAUAUGUCUGCUUGCUGGAAACAGCAUCAGAGGUCCUUUCUCUGGUCCUACUGCAAUUUUCAGGAAAACUUGUAUGAUGAUAUUUGUGCAACUUUUUGCUUUUUCCCACUGUCAUUGUUAAUUUGUUUGUUCGCGCGCGCGCUCUCGCUCCCUCCCUCCCUCCCUCCCUCUCUCUCUCCCUCUCUCUCUCUCUCUCUCUCUCUCUGUCAUCCACAUUAUCAUUCCUGAGGUAGGCACUGCAUGCCUGCUGAGCAGACAGGUGGUGAUGCAAUGGGCUCUGGAGUCCAGAAUUUCAGCCCAGGUAGCUGGUUACACUCCUACUGCACUCUUGUGAAGAGGGAAAAUGUAAGCUGGUAUGCCCUGAUGGAAGCAAGACUGUUCCUUCUUUUCUCACCUCACAGAAAUGAGGAUGGAGAAAGCCUAAUGUUCUUUCUUGGCUGAGAUACUGGGCUUUCUGGAGGCAGAGGUAACUGUUUUGGGAGUUACAAGACCUCCUCUUUUGAAAUAUGCCUGAAACUGAGCAGCAGUGCUACCCCUUUGCAGUGGCUGCAAAGAAUUAAAUGAAAAACCCAGUGUCCUUAAAUUGCUUAGUACAGUCCUUGCCAAGUUAGGCCGCUCUUUGCAGUUUUAAAGAGAAAAUGUACAUCCUUACCAAGAUUAUCUCUUUGGCUCGCACCUCUCGUCCUCUCAAAGGUGCUAUCUGUAGAGUAGGCUGUCCUGUGUAUCCUGUCUGCUGUUCUGGUGUCUUCAGAGUGCAGAGCAGCUUGUAUGGCUGGUGCUGUGCGUGUGUAAUUUUCGUGAGGACAAGAAACCAGUCGCAAGAACUCAAAUGCCAGCUACUUGUCUGCCUGGUGCCUGCUUUUUUUUUCUCUUGCACUUUUUAUUUCCACAAUUGUAACCUUUCAGGAGGGAAACCAUCAGCACCAGCUUCUGUUGUCACGAGACGCAUUUAAUUGUGUGACUUCAGACAAACAAGCAAUAACAAGAAGUUUACUUCUGGAUCACCAGGCUGCAAGGAAGCUGUCCAGUAUCCUACAGUUGCAUGUAGCCUCAACAGAGCAAACACAUGUGCCUCUGGGUGUUCUGUGGCUUGUGUUAGCCCUGAUAGUCAGCGCUGACACCUUAUCGUGAAAUUUGUUGCCCUGGAAGCUCUGAGCUCUCAUCUCUUUGACACUGACUGCAAAGCUGUGCAGUCAGUCAGGCUUGAGGUACCUCUACGGCACCCAUCACAGUGACCUCAUCUGUUCUUCUUUUCUUGCACAGCUGUCUCUUAAAAAUAUUUCCGUGCCCUGAACAGCUCUCUUAUAAAGUAGCAUGGCUAAAUUUUUAUUUUCUUAAAAAUCCACUCUUUUAAGCACAGCCAGCUGACACGCGUAGGGCACAUCUAUCAACUUUUCUAGUUCUUUACACUGAGGUGGAGGUGUCAGAAAGAGAAAUGCCAAGGAAUUAUGGCUCAGCCCUUUCCUGGAUUCCUGGUCUGCAUGGGAGAAGAGGCAUGUGUAUAAAACUGGAGUAAAAGGCCAUAUUAAAAAUAGCUAAAUGCUUGCUAAAACCCAGCAUCUCCAAGAGCCUGGAUGCAGUUGGCACUCACUGUGUCUCAUCCCUUAGGUUGCGUAAAGCUGAAUCUAGGUUGCAUCUAGUAAAUACUUCUAGGUUUUCUGCCCGUUUGAGGGUGCUUUUCUACUGGGGGCCAUUUUCUGACAGCUACUGAUGAACAUGAAUAUGAACAGUGAUCCAUGUGGUCAGCAAACUCCUUGUUUUAUAGUGAUGUGACAAAGUUUUAUUGUGAAUGGAUUUUAUCAUGGUUUUUGACUUUCUUACAGAAGCAAUUCUUGCUCUUUUAAAAGACUUUCUACACACUGCUAGGUUCCCUGAAGAGAUCUAAGAUGUUUUUAAUUCACUUUAAAUCUUCCUAUGUUGAAUUCAUUUAAAUGUCUGUUAUAAGCUAUUUUUUCUUGUGGUUGCAGGUAGGUAAAAUGCAACUAAGAGAAUGCAUGUGAAUUGCUGCCCCUCCAAAGCAGUGCUGCAAGACAAGGGGGUUAGUAGACAUAUAUGUUUGUUGGAAAGGUGUUGAUGUAUUAUGUGUAACAGAACAUUGGUAUUUUUUUGCCAGUACAACUAAAGACACUUGAAUAAUUCCUGUUUGCACUUAAUGCUAUUGUUUAUAUUGCAUGUCACUACAUUUCUAUGCAAAACAAAUAACCUUUUUUGGGAGGAGGGGCAGCCAGAUAUUUGAUUAAGUAAGUUUAAAGACCUUUGCAAGAUGAUCUAUUUUCAUAUUUAUGAAGGAGUUUUACGUCUUAAUAUUUUGCAGACUGUAAAUAGCUCAACUUGUAAUUAAAGGCUUAGGAGGAAGUUGGUAGCCUGUGUAUAAUAGUAAGUUAACACUGCCAGGAAAAAAAAAUCUUUGCAAAACAACUUUUCUAAUAUUGUGGAUAUUUAUGAAUAUGUAAAGAAAGCACGUCUUGUUUUUAUGUUGAUUGACCUUCUGACUUUUUUUGAGCUAUAGAAAUGGUGUAUGUUUUAUUGGAACUGCAAUAAGAAGUAACCAAAGAUGAAUCCAGUUAAAUAUUUUCAUAAUUUUUUCUUGGUCAGGUUUUGUAAACUUUCCCAACUUGCUUUCAAAAUAAAAAUAAAAUCAA